UAUACCUAAUAACUUAAUCUCUUUUGACUUUGAGACAUAUCUAUUGCAUCGCACUAGAAAACUUGAACAAGUUACCAAACCUAAUAAUUCAAUAUGCGUGGAAAAGUCGCUCUCGAAGAAGCCUUUGAGGUGAAGGGCAUGGAUGAGGAGAUCGAUGCCCAGGCAGCCCUCUACAUCGCCCCCAAAGAUGUUGAACGCUACAAGCGUCAAAUCGUGUCUAUCACGGACGAACGCUUGCAGCUGUCCGACCAGAACGGCAUUGGAUACACCAUCCUCUCCCUGACCGUCCCGGGUAUCCAGGGCAUCACCGAAAAGGACAAGGCCGAGAAAAGGGCCCGCGAUGUAAACAACUACAUUCAUGACCAGAUCAAGGACCACCGUGACAGAUUGGGAGCAUUCGCAAAUCUGUCAAUGCAUGAUCCCCGACAGGCGGGACAUGAACUUCGCCGCUGCGUGAAGGAGCUAGGCUUUCACGGAGCCUUGUUGAAUGAUGUUCAACAUACCGGGGAAGGAGACGAUGAGCAACCUCUGUUUUACGAUCAGCCCGACUACGAUGAGUUCUGGAGAGUGGCUGUGGAGUUGGACGUCCCAGUCUACCUCCAUCCUGCCGCACCCUUGCGGGAUACCCAACUCUAUAAGCAGACCUACGAGGACCGCAAGUAUCUCAUCGGACCACCCCAGAGCUACUGCAACGGAGUUGCAUUGCACCUGAUGGGAAUCAUCGUCAACGGCGUGUUCGAUAGGUUCCCCAACUUGAAGAUGAUCAUCGGGCACAUGGGCGAACGCAUCCCAUUUGAUUUCUGGCGGAUGGACCACUGGGUCAAGGGUGUGACACGGCCGCUGGCAGAGAAGAACGGAGAUACUGUUUGCCAGAAGGAACCCCUCUACUACUUCAGGCGCAACAUCUACAUCACCACCAGUGGAAAUUUCAGCACCCAGAAUCUGCGCUACCUGUACGAGUGGCUCGGCGAUGAGCGAAUGAUGUUCAGCGUUGACUUCCCUUACGAGCGAAUGGAGCAUGGCUGCCAGUGGUACGAUGAUGAGGAGGAGAAGAUCAAGGAGGCACUGGGUGGCCGGGACGGAUAUCUUCGUGUUGGCAGGGACAACGCAAGAAGGUUGUUCAAGCUCAGCAAGUUCAAGGAUUGUGAUGUUGUUUAAUGAACUCACUGCAACUGGGAAACGAUCAAUAUUGAAAGGCGUUUAUUUGCUUAACGGGGAUAUUGCUUUGACCUGAACCUGGUGGGAAACACAAAAUGGAUA